UAUUCACCAUCUGUUUCUUCUCCGAUCAAAUUCAGGAGAUCGAGCGAGAGAACCCCAUUCACCAUCUCCCUCUCUCUCAUCUCCUCACUUACUUACAUCUACACAUAUCUAUAUCUAUAUAUAUAUAUCUAUCUCUAUAUGUCACAUAUGAAUCAAGAUCAAAACUUUAUUUGAAUGCGAAGAUCUAAUGCUCGUAGACGUGCUGCAGCAAACCCUCCACCACCACCACCAUCAUCAUCACCUGACAUCAAAAAUAUGGAUAAUUCAGUAAAGCUUAAGUUCCGCCAUAACCAAUCUUUAAGACCCACAAAUCUUUUUUCAAGAAAACAACAACAAAAUAGUAUCUUUAAACCUAGUAUUAUUGUUAUUGGGUUUGCUUGUUUGUUCAUUUUAUUAUGUUAUUUAUAUUUCUUUUAUAUUGAUGUUGAUUUGAUCGAAAAACGAUAUCGAAUUGUGAUAGAUGGAGGGAGUACAGGGAGUAGGGUCCAUGUGUUUGAGUAUGUUAUUGAUAACAGUAGUAGUGGUGAUGGGAGUUCAGUUCCGGUUUUCGAUUUUAGUAGUGGGAAGAAUGGGUUAGGGUCAAUGAGGGUUAGCCCGGGGUUGUCUGCGUUUGUAGACGAUCCGGAUGGGGCAGGUAAGUCGGUUUUGGAAAUGUUGGAGUUUGCGAGGAAGAGAGUACCGAAAAAGAAAUGGAGAGAGACUGAAGUUAGGUUGAUGGCAACUGCAGGGUUGAGGUUGUUGGAUUUGGGUGUGCAGGAGAGGAUUUUGGAGGCUUGUAGGAAGGUUUUGAGGAGUUCAGGAUUCGGGUUUCGUGAUGAUUGGGCUGAGGUUAUUUCAGGGUCUGAUGAAGGGGUAUAUGCAUGGGUUGUGGCUAAUUAUGCUCUUGGAACUCUAGGAGGUGAUUCUCAGGAAACAACAGGGAUAAUUGAACUUGGUGGCGCUUCUGCACAGGUAACCUUUUUCACAAGUGAGCCAAUGCCCCCUGAAUUUUCACAGACAGUUAAACUCGGAAAUGUCAACUAUAGUCUCUACAGCCACAGCUUGCUCGAGUUUGGUCAGAAUGUUGCAUUUGACUUGGUUCGUGGGUCAAGCCUCGCAAAAGGGCCAAAUAUGGAAUCUGUUGGGAUCAAAGAACCAGUUGAUCCAUGUUCGCCAAAAGGAUACAAACACAAUCUGAUGUUAAGGAAUCUCACCCCGAGUUCUUUAGCCCAGACUAAAGGGCAAUCAUCUAUUCUACUUGCCAGUGGCAACUUCUCUGAAUGCAGAUCUGCCUCUUUAACAUUAUUGCAGAAGGGCAAAGAGGACUGUGCCUAUGACCAAUGCUAUAUUGGCUCGACGUUUAUACCCAAACUUCAAGGAAAGUUCUUGGCGACUGAGAACUUCUUUCAUACAUCUAAGUUCUUUGGGUUGUCACCAAAUACGUUUCUUUCUGAGCUCAUGGUGGCUGGAAAACACUUUUGUGAAGAGGAUUGGUCAAAAUUAAAGAAGAAAUAUCCAACACUUAAUGAUGAAGAUCUACAUCGUUUCUGCUUUUCUUCAGCAUAUAUUGUCGCUUUACUUCAUGAUAGCCUUGGAAUUGCUCUCGAUGAUCAAAGGAUUGGAUAUGCUAGUCACGUGAAUGAUAUUCCGCUCGAUUGGGCAUUAGGAGCCUUCAUAUUUCAGAUCAUGCGUGAAUUAGAUGUUGGACAAUUGUACCCAACAAAAUCUGCACUCACCAUAGACUCUUCGAUGUUAAGUGGGUUAGUCUUCGUGAUAUUUUUGGUUUUUACAGUAUAUUAUGUAUCGAAAUGGAGGAAACCCAAUGUAAAGACAAUAUACGAUCUAGAAAAAGGGAAGUAUAUAGUUACAAGAAUAGGUAGACACUCAUAGGGUAUGUUUGGUUGGAUUAAAUUGAAUGUUAAAAGGAACGGAAUGACGGGGCAAUAGAAUGCACAAGUUAACGGAGCAAGUCAUUACUUUCCGUCAGUUUUAUUCUUCUUUGGGAUCUUUGCCUCAUCAGUGUCCAUUUGAUGAAUUAGAUGCUACAAAUGAUAUCAAGGAGAUGUGUUUGCAGAUAUCUAAUUGGAAACCAAUGUAAUAUAGCAUUCUCGUUGUCAAUUCUUUGCUAAUUUAGUAUAAGGGUUGCAUAGUUUUGUGUGCUAUUUGGCGGUAGAUAACAAAUAUCAAUGCUAAUGUAUAUCAUAAAAUUUGUAUUCAUCUUAAUGACGAAAAA